AAGCUUGUGUAGCGCUGCCCGACACUCCUUGCAGCUCCCUCUCCGCCUGUGCGGGCCAAUGACCGGCCGCUAUAGCCGGGGAGCCGAGACCCAUCGCCCGGAGCCCGGGGUUGCCCCUAUUGCCCCUGUGUGUGUGCCCGAUGCAGUCGGCCCCCCAGCAGCCUUAUGAUUUGCCUCCCAAGCCAUGACUCUGAGCUCUGACAUGUCCGAUGUUCUUGCUGAAGAGACCGACAUAGACGUGGUGGGAGAAGACGACGAGCCGCGGGCAGAGGAGGAAGAGGACGAGGAUCUCCAUGGGGACCUCCUGCCCACAUCCCCGCAGAGCUCGGCCACCAAAGACCCCUACAAGGGGACGGGCGGCGGGGGCGGCAGGAGCGCCCUGGUGAAGCCCCCCUACUCGUACAUCGCGCUGAUCACCAUGGCGAUACUGCAGAGCCCCAAGAAGCGCCUGACCCUCAGCGAGAUCUGCGAGUUCAUCAGCAACCGCUUCCCCUACUACCGGGAGAAGUUCCCCGCCUGGCAGAACUCCAUCAGGCACAACCUGUCCCUCAACGACUGCUUCGUCAAGAUCCCCCGGGAGCCCGGCAACCCCGGCAAGGGCAACUACUGGACGCUGGACCCGGAGUCCGCUGACAUGUUUGACAAUGGGAGUUUUCUCAGGAGGAGGAAGCGCUUUAAGAGACAACAAGCGCCGGAGCUGGUGCUUAGGGAGCCCGGCCACUUCCUUCCAGCCUCUGCCUACAGCUACGGACCCUACAGCUGCGCCUAUGGCAUCCAGCUACAGCCUUUCCACCCACACUCAGCCUUGAUUGCCUUCCAGCAGCAGCAGCAGCAAGCCAGGCAGCAGCCCCCCAGCCUCCCCCCCAUGGCGGCCCCAGCCCUUAUGCCACCUGCUGCCCAGGAUCUAUCAAGGACCUGCACUUUCUACCCUCACCAGCUCAGCCCAGCAGCCCUGCCACCUUCCCUGCAGAGCAAGUCCAGCUCAGCCCUGGCUAGAUCCACCUUUUCUAUUGAGAGUAUCAUAGGUGGGGACCUCAACCCUGGCCAGUGUAACUCCCCCAAAGCAGCUGGGGUCCCUGUGAUCUCUAGGGCCCUGGUGACUUUCUCCAGCUCACAGGCUGCUGCAGCUUUAGGGGGGACCCUGCAGCCUGGGACGGUGCUUACAAACCACUAGGAUUUCUAAUUCUUAAAUCAGACAUUUCUGAGAAGGUAGGAGGCUUUUUAUGGAUUAUGCAUCAUGUUUUGCUUUGGGGGUUUUUUCCAGGGAUGCCCAACCUACUUCCUUCCUUCUGGUGUUAAACUACAAGUCUCAGGCAUGGCUGCCGUAGCAUGCUGGGAACUGUAGUUCUAACACAAGCAGAGGGAGGCAGGCUGGAGAGCUGUGUUCCAGCAAGGAAUGCAAAAUAUUUCAGCCUGAACUCUAUGCCAAACCAAGGUUCCCUGCCAACGGAUUGCAGCGCCUUUACUUGCCCUUUAGAGAUCCCUGUCUCUUCUAUUUGUACAGUUUUACUGUGACUCAGGUCUGAAGAUUCCCAGCAUUUGUGUAGGAAGCAGAAAUGCAGCAAUAUCUUGUAGCUCACACACACACCAAGUGCUUUUGUGGCGAAAUGAUUUCCAUGUUUACACAGAGACAAUCUUCCCCAUUUCAAUUUUAGCCUGUGUUUUGUAUCAUAAUAGGGGGUUGUGUUUUUGUACGAAAGUAUUUCUUAUUUACAAGAAUUAAUGUAACGCAUACUGCCAAGUAUCAUUGUACCUAGGCAAUGUACGAUUUUUUUUCACAUUUACAAAAAAAAAAUAAAAAUUAAAUAAAAACAAAAUGUUUAAA